AUUUUAGACAAGUAAAUGUAGGUUAAGUCAUAAUUUCUUCCACAUAUUCUAAUCCAAAAUGUUAUUUGGAAUAUUCAAUAUUUAAACAAGACAUAGCCCAAUUUCAAGAUCACAAUGAGAUAGCAACAAAAUUUUUCCCAUGUCUGGCAUGGCCUCGUCCUCGGAAAAAUGGUCAGUGUACUCUGCUUCCCAAAAUUUGUCUGCAGUUUUGAACAACCCUAAUCUUGGAAAGCAAUCAAGCUUUUUCGUGAGGACAUGGGGUGAUUCUUUUGUAGAAAAAACUGAUAUAGAAUCAAGUCCCCAUUUGCCUGCAAUAAGCUAUUCACAUUUUGAAAAGUACCUGAUACAAUAUGGAAGGAGAAUCAAACGACAUAAGAGGUUGCUUCAGUAUAAGUCUUCAAACAAUAAUAUCACAAAUACUGCCAAAGAAAAAGAUGAUGAGAAAGUUGAUCUUGAGGAUAUACCUGUAGUAUUUCUCAAACCAGAAUUUGAACUGACUGAUGCAGGUAUUUUUUCUACAAUUUUCAAGAAUGGAGAAAAAUGCUCAACAAGUUCUACUUCAGAGUUAAUAAAUGACUUAAGUAGAUAUCUUGAUAUUGUUGAGAUACAAAUUGCAAAGCAUGUUUCUCAAAAGUCAGAUGCAUUUUUUCACACAAUGACAUCCCAUGAUACUAUAAUGGAACAAAUGAAAAAUACUUGUAAGGAAGUUCACAGAUUGAGAAAUAAGUUGCAAAAAGUUGAUCAACUUUUAGCCAAGGAUCCCUUAUAUUUGCUUGGAUUGAAACGAAAAAUUGUGAAUCAUAUUAAAGUCUUGCAUAAGUUGAAAUUGAUGUCAACAGUUUUACAAACUCAACCUAAUAUACAACUUUUGUUAAGUUCAUCUGAUUAUGUUAGUGCCUUAGAAUUAAUAGCUGAUACACAAAAAGUACUUGCUAAUGAAUUGGCAGGAGUCACUAGUUUGAGACAUUUACCUCAACAGCUCAAGGAAAUGUUGAAAUUAAUUGAUAAGAUGUUGCAUACAGAGUUUGAAAGGUACGCUGCUGCAGACUUGCAUAGGCCACUGGAUAAUUCUAAAAAUGUUUUGGAAACAGACCAUCUAGUCAGUUUAGUGUUGGGAUUACUUCGACAGAAUCAUACCCAGUUCUUAGAAAUAUUCAAGCAAGAGUCUAUAACAGCUGCCCAAACACUUCUCAAGCAGUUCAUGAUUGAAGCACUUGCAGACGUCGAAGACGAUGAAGAACAAUGCUUGAGAGGUUCUGGAGAAGUUACCUUAUCAAUGGAUGCAACGCAUUGGAUGAAAGCAUUGACUGCUGCUAGUGAAGCACUGCGUAUGUUUAAGACUUUUCAUUUUUUCCAUUCAUUAUAUUCCUUUCAAAAGUCAGUUUCAGAAUCAAAACUGCAGUCCUUUUGAUUUUAAAGCUUCUUU